AUGCCUGCCACCACAGCAGACACGCUCUCUCUCGUUAACCGAAACGUCUCCGUCGCCCCUCUCGUCCUCCUCUCCGCCGUCGAUCAUUACAACCGUGCUGUGUUCAAGGGCUCCAAGCGCAGAGUCGUCGGUGUGCUAUUGGGUCAGAACGAUGGAAAGAACGUCAGGGUGUCAAACAGCUUCGCAGUGCCCUUCGAAGAGGAUGAAAAGGAUCCCUCCGUAUGGUUCUUGGACCACAACUAUGUCGAGGGCAUGAACGACAUGUUCAAGAAGGUCAAUGCGAAGGAGAAGCUGAUCGGGUGGUACCACUCUGGACCCAAGCUGCGCGCGUCAGAUUUGGAGAUCAACGAGCUGUUCAAGCGAUACACACCAAACCCCCUCCUUGUCAUUAUCGAUGUUCAGCCGAAGGAGUCUGGCGUGCCCACAGAUGCGUAUUUUGCGGUAGAGGAGAUCAAGGAUGAUGGCACCACAACGUCCCGGACCUUUGUACACACACCCUCCAUCAUCGAGGCCGAGGAAGCGGAAGAGAUCGGUGUUGAGCAUCUCCUUCGCGACAUUCGCGACGUCGCCGUCGGCACCCUCUCCACGCGGAUAACGAACCAGCUGCAAUCCCUGCAAGGGUUGCACCUACGCCUCCGUGACAUUGGCGCAUACCUCCAGAAGGUCCUCGACGGCCAGCUGCCCGUCAACCACGCCAUUCUCGGCAAUCUGCAAGACGUCUUCAACCUCCUGCCCAACCUCUCCACACCCAAGGCUAGCGCCGACGGCAGCACUAAGCCCGCGGGCAGCGAACUCUCAUAUGCGAUGGGCGUCAAGACCAACGACCAGCUCAUGGCGAUCUACCUCAGCAGUCUCAUCCGUGCCAUCACGGCCUUCCACGAUCUCAUCGAGAACAAGAUUCAGAACCGCCAGCAGCAGGAGGACAAGGAGGCGAAGAAGGAUGACGCGGCCAACGGCGACAAGGACGAGAAGAAGGACGGCGCUGCCAAUGGCGUGAAUGGCGAGGGUAAGGAGGGCUCCGACAAGGAGAAGGAGAACAAGGAGAAGAAGAAAUAG